AUGAGUUUGACGCGCUGGCGGUCACCGCCGACGUCGCCUGUGUUGGAAUCGCCAGAUUUCCGCUAUGGCGCGCUCAAGAGUGUCAAGACCAGCAUCCGCCUGGCUAAAAUCAAGCCCGGCUGUGGACACAAAGGAAUCACCAUCGAGUUGAUCGAGUCCUUCGUGACUGUCCCGGGCCAACGGCCGCAAAUCGAAUAUGAUGCCCUCUCAUAUACAUGGGGUGCGAGUAAACGUACGAAGAGUAUCAUGUGUAACGGACGCCGGUUGGCGGUGACGCCCACCUUGAUCGAGGCAUUGCAUCACUUUCGGCAUCCGGACCACGAGGUCAUUCUUUGGAUCGACCAGUUGUGUAUCUGUCAAGAGCGCGUGCUGGAGAGAAACGCACAGGUAAAUUUGAUGGGGGACAUCUUCGCCGGCGCGCGCAAGGUGUCAGUCUGGCUGGGUCCGCAUUCAGGGGACUCGAAGGCAGGACUACAACUCGCCAAGCAGCUACUAUCUAUCACUAGAUAUACAAAUGUCACCCAUCUGGAUUCUGUCCAGCUUGAAGCAAAUGGGUUGCCGCGGAGAGGGCACCGAAAAUGGAUGGCUCUGGCAGCGAUCCUACGAAGACCGUGGUUUUGGAGAACCUGGAUUGUGUGA